GACGCUCUUUCCCGGAAUUCCUAUAGUCCUGAUGAUGGUUCUCGGGUCCAUAUCAAUUUUUCAAAAAUGGAGAACAAACGGCAGCAAUGGUUUUCAUCGAGUUUUUCUCGCUGGAAAAACUACGCCUCCGUCCCUGUCGUCGACCGCUCGUUAAAUCGUGCAUUCAUCGUUAUGUAAUCUUCCUCAAGUGUAACGAGCAAAACGGUAUAGAGAUAGGAAUCGAUCAGCGGGAAUAUGGAAUCGCGCGAGCAUUGCUCUUGUUGUCGCGCUCGAAAAUCGAUUGUUCGGCGAAGCAACGACGAUCUUCGCAGGACCUGUCGAUCCGAAAGCAUCUCGGGGAAGUCAAAGUCGCCUUCCAAUUCGAAGAAACACGCGCCUGGAUGUCCCAGAAAGAUCUUCGAAGAAGAAAAACAGUAUGAAAUCGCUUCUUGCGCCGACAAAUUCGCAUUGGCGAAGAGAUUGCACGCGGAGAACCUGCAGCACCAGCCGCUCCCGGAUCGGGUGGACGAUUCCAUCUUUAGGAAAGGAUGUCGUCCUUGUUCGGCCGAUUGCGAGCGAGACGCCGAGUGUCAGGUUCGAGAUAACGUCGACGUCGCAAUGUUGGAGGCGAAAGAUUAUCCGUUCGUGCCCGCGCUCGGUUGUAAGAAGCCGAAGACCCGGAUGGACCUAGCGAUUUGUUGGGAAACGCCGAUGGACCCGGUGUACGAGCCACGUAGACCUACGCACAUUGACGGCUCCGAGGGCGGGCUAGCCCCGGCGAUCUUCGCCUUGAUCCAGCACACACCGGCACCGAAGAACCGCGAGCUCCUGGUGCGCGGCGAAGGACAAAAGAGCGAGCAAUGCGGCAACUGCACGAAACAUCAGGAGGCGCAGCAGAAGAAUCUGCAUCAGAACUGUUGCUGCUAUGAUUGCACCUGUAAUGAAGGCCGUGACAAACUUUCCCGAAGUGGGAAGUUGGCGAGGUCGAGUUCUGUGCCGCGCAUCACCGAGCGGAAGUGCGCCGCGUGCCGAGGUGAGUCGGAAGCGGAAGCCGAACGAAGAAAAAGGAGCCAAGAGGAUCCGAGGCUGAUCAGGUCCGCGGUGGGUUUCGCCCUGGGUUUGGAGCAGAGGUGCCGAGCCGCGACGGGCGAAGACGGAGCGCGCAGGAACGGUUUGCCGCCGGCGAGGACGACAGUGCCGCGGCCGAGGACCCCGUUCGCCAGACGCGCCUUCUGCAUCGACACCCUGACGCCGCCGUUCAGCGUGGUGAACGGCUGCCGGGACGCCGAUUAUCCCGAGCACUGGCGGCUCAUGUCCGUGUACCAGCAGUCGUACAGGAAUCCGCAGAAACGAAGGACUCGCCGCUUCUGAUCGGAAGGAACCUCGUACAUCCUGCCGAGUUGGCUCCUUGGAAGUUAAAAAGCUCACGAUUCUCAGAAAAAGUUGUUGCUUAGUUUGUUUAUUGUUGAUUGUUGAGUUGUUACAACAAGAAUGAGAGUUUGAUGAUUCCGUUGAAUUGUUUCCAUUUGUUAAACAAAUAAUUAACUGCCAUUAGCCAGACUUUUUGGCAUUAAUAAAAUUUUAUCCUGUUGUAAUUAGUAAUAAACGCAAAAUUAGUGAUGGGAUCAAGUUUAACAUGUAUUUACAAAUUUAUUUACUUGAAAAUACUGCUUUCUUUAGGUAAUCAUAUUGAUAAAGAGUUCGAAAUCAAGUUGCAAACAAAUUCAAAUCUACUUGAUCCCAUCGCUAAUAUAAAUUAUAAGAGCGCAAAAUAUAUAUAACUAACAUGAAAAAUAAA